UUCUCUUGGAUGGGUGCGCUUGGAUGUCGCUAUUCGUUUGUAAUAAUUUUAUGAUUACUUCUGAAUAUUUUUUAACAAUUUUUGUAAGUUGUAUCCAUCUCUUUUUUACGUGAUUGUGCAAAAAGUGCUCAUAGUGUAUUUUGUUUUAAAAAUGCUAUCCAAUGCAUCCUUGCACUGAAUAUGGCUGAGGAAAGACUUGUAGUUCUAAACCGAAGUGACAACUUAGGUUUCGGAUUUUCUUUGCUGAGUGAAGCCGGUUCGCCUCACAUAAUUUACAAAAUUGAAGAAAAUUCUCCAGCAGCACGCAGUGGCGAGGUAGAGACAGGAGAUGUAUUGCUCAAGGUGAAUGGGACUGAUGUGAACCGGUUCACGACAAGGGAAGUUUUAAAAUGUUUACGACUCUCCUCGGAUCCCGUCACAUUACGGCUGAAAAAGGAUCCACAAAUCAAAGCAAACGUAAGGAGAUACCUCACAGCCGCCGCCGAGCGACGGAAUAGUGGUCCCCGGAUUAAAACUGAAAAACCGGACUCUCCAAUAUCCAGCAAUUCAAACAGCAACUCGUCUAGCAAUUCGUCGAGCAACGGGUCGGGAGUUCAGUCGGGCGAAAGCUGUGAAGCUCUUCUAACAGGAGACAGGCUUCGACCGAGGGCUAACCAGCCCAAAUUCGAAGCCUACAUGAUGACAGGUGAUCUGAUGCUGAAUCUGUCGAGGGUUGAACAUCCACAUCACAAUCAUCAUGCGCCAACACAUAGAACACAUUAUCACAGAUAUAAUUCAACACCGGCGUCCCCGAGUGAGAACAGAAUAGCAGCGCGAGUCGAACUAUCCCACAGACACAAUUCCUCACCUGACACAGGCUUGCUUGGGGAACAUGCCAAAUUAUAUAACUCUCAACCUGCGUCUCCGGCAGGCGGCGCCACAUCUACAGGUGAAUUAUCAUCACGAACACAGCAACAGAUUGUUCGCACUUCACGCUCUGAAGAUCACUUACAGAAGGAGUCAUCUCUAAGCGCUGUGGCGGUAGAUAUGGAAGAGGAUGUGACGUCAUCGCUCAACACGCUGUUGGACGCGCGACCGGAUUCCGCCACACCCGGACCUAGAUCUGACUCGGAUGAGAGAGACAGGAUCGUAUGGACCUACAACGCGCCGGUCUCUCAGUGCAAUGGUUCGGCCACCACUUCCAACUCUACCUCCAUAUCUGAUGGGAUCUCACAGCGGUCUUCGUCACCCGCGUCUCCAACGUCAGCGUCAUGGUCCGCCUUAUCCCCACCGCAUAGACAACACCUCGCGCCUCAACACCAUCGCACACUUAAUGGUGACAUGAGCCUGUCAGAGGCCGUGUCGAACAUAUCUAGUCCAGACUUCCAAGACCAGGAUGACAUGUUUGAAACUGGCCGGGAAUGUCCUCGCAUGGAAUUAUCCGAUCCCUCAGAUUCCGAUUCCACGAUUCUGGUUUCCGAACCUUGCCACAAACGUGCAAAAUCGGCAACUUUAUCCGAUACCAGUGAUGUAACACUUAACGGCGCGGACAAAGACUAUAGAAUAGUGAUACAAGUGAAGGGGCCGGAUAAAGGCAAUAAUAAUGACAAUUUGAAUAAUAACAAUAAUACAAAUUAUGCUCAAAAUGGAAAAGAGAAUGGGUGCACAUCGCCGGAGAAUCAGGGUUAUCAGGAAUUAGCUUCAGAUGCGGGCUCUGACGAAGGAUCCGAUGUGGACUCUUUGCACUCGUUCCAUUAUAGUCCGAAGGCAGUGGAUAUUCCAUCAGCUGAAAGGCUCGCUAAGCGGCUUUACCACCUCGAUGGCUUUAAGAAGUCAGAUGUAUCGAGACAUCUCAGUAAAAACAACGACUUCUCGAAAGCAGUCGCAGAGGAAUAUGUAAAGCAUUUCGAAUUGACGGGCGCGACGUUAGAUGUCGCUUUACGGACGUUUUUAUCAAGAUUUGCGCUCAGCGGGGAAACCCAGGAGAGGGAACGAGUCUUGGUGCAUUUCUCCCGGAGAUAUUUGGAAUGUAACCCAGGCUCUUUUAAUUCACAAGACGCUGUACACACAUUAACCUGCGCGAUAAUGCUGCUAAACACGGAUCUUCACGGAUGCGGCGGCGGUUCAUUUCGCCGGAUGUCCUGUGCGGAGUUUAUAGACAAUUUGGCAGAUCUCAAUGAUGGCGAAAACUUCCCUCGGGAGACGCUCAAACAGCUUUACUAUGCGAUACGAACUCAGCCGCUACAAUGGGCGUUAGACACGGAAACCCCAGCGGCAGCGAGUAACGAGAAUCGAAACAAUGGUGGUGGAACUAACCCAUUCCUUCAUGUGCCGGACCAGAGUCGGGCAGUCGAGUACAAGAAGGGUUAUGUCAUGCGAAAGUGCUGUGUCGAGCCUAAUGGGAAAAAGACUCCAUUUGGCAGAAGAGGUUGGAAAAUGUUCUACUGCACUUUGCGAGACUUAGUGCUGUACCUACACAAGGACGAACACGGAUUCAGACGGAGUCAGAUGUCCGAUAAUCUUCACAAUGCAAUACGAAUACAUCACGCGUUAGCCACAAAGGCAACAGAUUACACGAAAAAGCAACACGUGUUCAGACUACAGACUGCGGAUCAGGCCGAAUACUUAUUUCAAACAAGCGAUUCAAAGGAACUAAACUCCUGGGUGGAAACGAUAAACUUCGUGUGUGCUGCGUACUCAGCUCCACCUUUAGCGGGCGCAGUCGGGUCACAACGCAAGUUUCAGAGGCCGCUAUUGCCCUGCUCACAUUCUAAGCUCUCUAUGCGGGAACAGUUAGCGGAUCACGAGGAGCGCGUGUCACGUUUAGAAGAGGAACUAGCAGCCUUGAGACACGCGAGAGAUCACUCCAAAGAACAACAGCACUGUCGAGAUAAAGACCACUAUCUUGUCUAUGAAAUAAAAAGAUACCGCACAUACGCGUACGUGAUGCGCACGCGCAACGGCGGCACCGGCGCCGAGGAGAGCGCGCCCGCUCUGCCCGAGCGCAACGAGAGGCCUCCGUGACGGGCCAUGGCGGUCUUCGCCGCCUGCGUCUUGUGACUGCCGUGUGUCCCCGACCCCACCUACUUACCCGUAGGACAGUGAUAAGUGACCUCUAUCGGCAAAUGUUUUCAAUAGUGAUUUCAUGCUUCCGCCCCAAAUCCCCAUUACACACGUGUGCCCCAACGUAGGUGAUUUACCAAAUAUAAACUUCUUGGGAUCCCAAAAUGUGUUGACCUCAUUAACGAGCAGACCAUAUACCCAAACCCACAACAAUAGUCACUAGUAAUAGCGGAGUGUUUUUGUAUUGUGAUUUCUAAAUAUCUCUCACAAAUCAAAAUGAGGAGAAAAAUAUUCACUGAAUACCAUGCUAUAUACAUAUGUGUAAACUAUAACUAUUUGAUGUUUAUAAAGGUCAUCGUCUACUUUUGGCACGAACCCAUUUACAGGCAUAAAUAUGUAUAUAAAAAUUAAAAUUUUCCUGUUAUUGAACAUACUAUCACUAUGGGAAAUUCUCUUCAAACCGUUUGGAAUUUGUGAAGUUUAAUUUAUGACAAAUAUUUAGACAUGUUUUAAAAUUAUGUGAGACCUUAAAGAAAAGUCAAUUUGCAGUAAUCGAAGUUGGGCAAUCAUAAAAUCAGUGAAACUGUAUAAAUCAUUAAGAUGUACAAGACAUCAUUCAUGCAUGCGUGUGAGCAUGUGUAAAGCCGAUUUAAUUUAUGUCUAUGGCCUGGAGCGAGUGUAUAUUGGCCUAAUAUGUGAAAAUCUUUUCUCCUAAAACAUUGCUCAUUAUGCCGAAUUAUAUUUAUUAUUUUUA